UAUCGACGGUGUUCGCCACCGAGAGGAGAUAGGUACGGCGACAGGAUCGGAGUCCAGGGAGUGACCCGACGAUGAAAAGCGCAAAGGAGGAGAGUGGGAGAGCGUCUGGUGGUGAAGCCGGAGUGGGACCCCAGUCACGAAGUCUCACGCCUUCCACCAGUUCUCAGUCCGAAGACGAACGUUCUGGCAGUUAGCUGGUUCGCCGCUCCGCUCCGAGACCGUCCGUGCGCGUGUGUGCGUGUCGCGUGGUUGGUGUGUUGUGUGUGUGCCCGGACGCAGAAACGGCAAGAACGGCAAGAGCGGCUCCCCCGCAAAGUCGAUGAUGUGUCAGUGUCGAGCUUGAGACCCCCCUCGCGUACCAUCUUCGUGCCGCUCUUCCUCGAGCCGUCAGUCGUCUUCGAUUGCUCCGUAGCAUCGAAUCGGCAUUCAAACCGGAGCAGCAUCCGCCAUUUUCGCCAUCUCCGCGGCGUGAGGCCCAAUGAGGCCCACCGGUGCUGGGUACGGUGAUUCGCGCGGUCGACGCCUGCGGCCGCGCCUCUGGAUUCCACAAACACCAGCACACGGCCCGCGGGAAUAGUCGUUAAAUCCUCGCCGCCGGGUAUCGCCGGGUAUCGCCGAGCUGUUUUCUCCAUUUGUCGUUCCCAGGUAUAUUCCACGGCGACCGCGAGUGUAUGGAGUACGUGUGCGUACAUACAUGUGACAGCAGCUACACGUGGAGGUGCGUUAGUGAGGGACAACAACGGCGACGGCUACGCCACUGCGCCGCAUACCAGCGAGGGCCCCGGGUCUGAUCGCAGAGAAGGGGAUAGAGAAGCCUAGAGAGAACUGAAAGGAAGCGACAGAGACGGAGCACGAGAAGGGGGCCCGUGAUAGAGGGAAGAGGCACGAAGGGAAAGAAAGCGGCGGAGAGAAACGGAGACGGCGAGGGAAAAAAGGAGAAGGAGAGAGAGAGAGAAAGAGAGACAGAGGGCAAAGCGGGGGCCCGAUACGCCGGUGAGAAGGGGGGAUUCGCAAGAAGGCGGCCAUAAUGGCUUGACGCGAUCUCGAGCGAGCGGCUACAGCUGCUGCGAAAUAUCCGCGCCGCCGGAGUUCCUCUCGCCGUUGCUGCGCGCACGUAUUUUGCAACGCCGCGCUGCGACGACGUGUACGCGCCGCUUGUCCGCCUGUCUUUGGAAAGCAACGACUGCGUAAUCGACUGCGAGUGCUACCGGACGGAGUCCCGUCGCAGCGUAAUCGCUCAAUGAGAUCCUGAGUCACAUCCGCGGUCCCACAUUGCGCAUGGGAAACGAUCCGCCGCGGCUAAUAAUUGACGUUCAUAUCCCUGAGUGUCGCCGAUCGUGGGACUUACGUACCACGCGUUGAAAUCUCCAAACGGUUUCUCCGCUUAGGACAGUUUAGGACCACUUUUGAGUGUCAUUCCUAUAUGACAAUGCGAUUGACUCACGUACAAUAAUUUUUUUUUAGAACUUGAGAGUAACCAGCUAAUAAGAUUAUCUGUAAUCGGAUUAAACGAAUAUAUCUCUACCUUCUACAACUGAAUUGUUAAAGAUAGUUCUCUGAUUAUUAACGAUUAUUAAAUUUCAUUACUCAAUCGCGCUCGCAAAAGUCGGUUGAAUCUCUCUAAUCAAUAAGUUAGUCGAGUCGAAUAAGAAAAAAAAAUGAGGGGAGCUAAUCAGGAUACGGCGACGCCGUAUUGUCGCUGCAGAGUACUCUAUUUAGGUAGCUCGGUACCUCACACGAGCAAAGAGGGGCUCCUGGGCGUGCAGGAACCCCUGAGAGAACUCUAUCCCGAGCAAGGUGCGUUGGGUGCGCGCGGGAUAGACUCCUGGCUAAGCGUUUGGAGCAACGGCUUGCUCCUGGAGAAUGUCGACGAGCAUCGCAAAAAGAUCACGCGGUUCUUCCCCAUCGAGGCGCUCCACUAUUGCGCCGCGGUCAGACACGUCAAGGGUGGAAACGGCGACACGUCCAAUACGCGUUUCCUGCCGUUGGACUCGCCGUUCGCACGGACGCCCAGCGCGAAUCAUCCACCCCUGUUCGCCGCCGUGCUGCGAAGAACGACCGGCAUCAAGGUUCUCGAGUGUCACGCGUUCAUAUGCAAACGGGACAUGGCGGCCAACGCCCUGGUAAGGUGUUGCUUCCACGCUUACGCCGACAGCAGCUACGCGAAAGGCCUGGACCCGUCGUCGGCGACGACGAAUGGGGUCACGACGGGUCAUCCACAGUCGAACAACAGUCUCUACCACACUCUGGGCGGCUCGAGCACCACCCUGGACAGCCCCCAACCGACCCGUUUGGACACUGCCUCGACCGACGACCUCAGUCUGUACAAUGGCGACGAGAAUCACAAGGUUUGGGCCAGGGGUCGCGACGAAGUCGAUGGACUUUAUCAGGAACAGGGCACCCUGCGAAGCACGAAAGGAUCCAGACCGCGCCAGUUGGUCGCCCCACCGCCGCCGCCGCCACCGCCGCCCCCUCCCGCCCAACCGUUGUUGCUGGAGGAAUCCUCUUCCGCGCGACGGAAAGCUAAUAAGAAGCUCAAGAAAAUGAAGACUCGUUCGUUGCACGAGGACGCCUUACAGCAGCAUCAACAACAGCAGCAGCUUCUUCACCAUCAGCUGCACCAGGGCGUGUACGCCAAUGGCCACGGACAUCACACCCUGGGUCAUCCCAUCAGACAACAACACUACCAUCCUCACCCGCUACCACCCAGUAGCCGAUCCGUCGCCGGUACUUUAGCCAGACCGGCGCCGGUGCUUUUGGUGCCGGCGGCCACCUUGCCACGGAAAAGUCAUCAUCCGCGUUUAAGGCCCAUUCCGGCAGCGACACCGAUAGUCCCGGUCUACGCUCCUCUGCCAGUGGUACCGCCGACCGCGGCACCGGCGGCGGCCAUUUAUCCAGCCACGUAUGGUACCGCCGGAAACAGAGGCAGACGACAUCCGGUGGAGGCGGAUAACUCCACCCUGGGCACGUCCAGGAGAUUAGCCGCCUCUCACGCGGAUCUCACCGCGCCGGAAGUCGCUCGACAGGCGGACAGUCCGGAGAACGAGUCUCGUUUUGGUACCGGCAUAUACCGGCGGAAAGGUCAUCUGAACGAGAGAGCCUUUUCUUACAGCAUUCGGGCGGAACAUCGCAGCAGGAGCCACGGCAGUCUGGCCUCCUUGGGCUUCAGCGCGCAGAACGGUAACGCGCUGCCGAAGGAGGAGAAGAAGGAUCGCGAGAUUGCUCAACUGGUUGCCGGUUUGAGCCUCAACGAUGGACCGGAACGAACACAGGCCACGAAUUCGAGGGGAGGAUAUCAUCAUCAUCAACAGCAGCAGCAGAUUCAACCGUUGCCUAGGCCGAGACCCCGUUAGAAUCGCUUCUCGAGAUUGGUCUCUUGCAGUGUCAUGCUGCCUGAAGCUUUCUAAGUGAUCCAGACCGACUUCUGGAUACUUUUUAUCGAAGAGAAUACUAUAAAGAGCGAAGCAUUUUUAGUUAAAUUGAUAUAUUCACCUUCUUUAUCAGAUAUCUUGGUCAGCUACUAAUGAUUUGCUAAUGUCCCUUACUAGUUUAGAAUGCUAACAGAUAAAUAUGGCAUAUUUGAACAUUAAUCUGUCGAUAACGAUAAAGUUAUAACGAAUAAUUUAUAUCUAUCGUUCGAUCGUAAAAAUACUUCGUGAGAUUCUUUUUUCUUUUAUUAGCGAUGUUACUACCAGGCGAUUGUUCGAAAUGAAUCUUGCUUUUUCCGGUCGAUCGCGUUGAUGCAAUAGACUUUGUCUGGGUUAACAAACAUCUUCUUGCAGCUUGCUUCUCCAAGCGUGACAUCGGCGCUACAGUUACGAGCGAUUUCAUGUUCCGUCGUCAUGUCACGUGGAAAAAGACUGCAUUGCGAAACGUUGCAAUUCCGACUCUCCGUAGCAAGUUUUGCCUAACGGUAUUAUACAGCAGCAGGCGUAUUUUAAAUUACUUUUCUUAAUUAAAUCGAUAACGAUAUAAUUCGUAUUCAUUUUGAAGAUAUAAGUAUAUUAUUAUGUUAAAUAUAAUUAUCUAUCAAAUUUCCUAAAAACAUAUAUCUUAUUGGAUCAGUUUAAUAUAAAAAGCAUUUAAUAUAAAAACGGAGAAUGAACGAAACGCCAUACAUUACACGAUGACAUAACGUCUCGAGAAACGCAACGACCUUUCUAUCGCAGAACAAACUAAUUAGGUAGUAAUUAUUGUCGGCUUAGAAAGAUAACAGUUCUGUCUGAAGCUCAUUAGAUGAAGGCGUAAAGCGUAGAGGAAAAAAGAGACAUGCUACAUAUAUUUUCUCUGUGAAAACGAGUUAAAAAAUUUGCGAAUAGAUCAACAAAGAUGUCAUUGUCGCCAGCACUUAAAAAAGCAUUUGAAAGCUAUUUCCUCGAAUACUUGGACACGUACAACAUCUCUUAAAUAUCAAAACAUCAAUCGACUCUUAAUAUCUUUCUCUUGUUUUCGUGUAAUUAAAUAAACCUUAUUUUUCAAACAGUACUUUAAUGAGAUAAUCAGCAAUUAACCUGACGUACUGCACAUAUAACAUCUGUGCGAUUUAUAUAACUCGUGGAAAAGAGCAAGAAAUGAUACGUUAUAUAAAGAACAGAUAAAAAGUCUGGUCAGAAGCCUCGAUAUUUGCAUUCGCGAGGCGCGUACAAUCGUACAUUACCGCCGACCGAGAAAAGUGUCCUUGGUUAAGACAUUUUGCGGCCACGCGCUUGUUGAAGUUUUAUCGUGGCACAUUAGCACUGAUGUCGUAAGCAAAAGCUUAAACGCAAAGGAAUCUCAUUCGAUGUUGAGACAUGUGUUUUUCACGUUCGAAAGAUCUCCAGAAACCACGUAUAGAUAUAUUAUACGUUUAUUAUCGUGUUAUCGAAACAUUAAUUUUUAUUACUGCCGAGAAAAACAUUAUCCACGAUGUUUUCAUAGUUGAAAGAAAUCAUUUUGCGAGAUCGUGUUUUUAAGGAUAGGAGGAUGAUUAUAUAUUAAUGAUAAUAUUAUGAUAAUUAUACGCGCAAAAGAUGUUAAUUCUCUAUAGAUGAUAGUAACACAAGUGUCCUCACCGAUUAAAAAUAACGCAUCGAGAUGUUUUUGCGUAGACGUCAGCGCUGGUGAUGAUCACAGAGAAGAUUUUAAUCGCUCAGUCGCUAUAAUUAACACUUUCGCCUUGUUUCAUUGUGAUGCGGUUACAUAAACCGUCGAAUCCUUCGACGUGUCGCCUGCGAAUCUUCGAAACUUGCUCAAAUUUUCUCAGUCGCAGUUUCGAUCCUUUCAGUUUUAAAUGUCGCUCUCGAUGUAAAAACGGCGAGCCGCGAAGAUUUUGAAUGAUUCAUGUAUACAUAUUAGUAUUCGGUGAUUAGUGACCAGGAACUAUGCAAGAACAAUUAUUCGUCAUUACGUAACUGGGACACAGCAUUCAAAUACCGCUCAGAAGUGCGUUUCUCUUUCAUCGAGCGCGUCGAUUAUAAGCAAUAAAAAAGAGCUUCGCCUUUCGCCACGAAUUUCUCCGAGCGGCAUAAUGAUAGGUAUUACGCAGAAAAAUAUCGACGAAGGAUGUACGAACAGAAAAAAACAUAAUUCGACAUUCGAUUCGACUUCUAAAAAAUGGAUAUCGAAAAAUUUUAUUUAAAUUAUCACUGAGAGUAUACUUCGACAAUAUUCAUGAGAUUUCAUAACGCGCGUAGAAUAAUAAAAAUAAAUAUAAUCUGAUGUAUAUUUUGCACUUUCAGCAGAAGCGUUACAUAAUCGUCAAGUUUUUUUAUCGUUCCAAAUUAAUAUUCAAGUGGGCAAAGAAUAUGCAAAGCGAUUCAAUGUAUAAAUUCGGAAUUAUAAGCGGCAACGUGUUUAUAGAAGGCGACAUUGCUGCUUAAUCGACGCGUGUCUUCGAGCAGAAAGUUGCGGCGUAGGCACGUAGGCAUCGUUAAUGCGUCACAGCGUAACUUGUUCACGGCGGAAGUAUUAUGCAAAUCAGGAAACGAGACAGGUAGAUCCUUUUUCUCCGAAGUGAUCCUUCCUUGAGAUCUCACCGAUGAAAGAGAACCGCAAGUCAUAUCGCCAAUAUGCAAAUUUAAAUACCGCUAGAUUAAAUUCUCUCUCCGACCGAUUGAUUAAUCGAUUGUAAAAGAUAAAAACGGAGAAAAUAUUUAGAUGCAAACGCACGGCAGGAAAAAGAGAGAAUUCCACGCCACUGAAUUAUUAUCGCCGGUCGUGCAUACUAGGAUGCACACUUUAUUAGUCACCGACUAUCGUUGCCACGUUGUUUUCACGUCAAGGCUGUAACACGGUCGUAUAAUUCCCUCUUUUCCUUUCCUUUUUUCUUUCCUUUUCUUUUCUUUUCAACUGCGCUUCUCCCAGGCGCCUGAUCGAAAUUUCGCGACGCCUGAUAAAGUAAAAAUGUACGUUUACGGCAAAGAUUGUUUUAUUGCUGCGACAAUUAUAUAGUAUUGCUGAGGUAGAAAGUGAGUGUAAAAUAUUUAUGACCAGAAAAGUGCGUGUACAGGCAUAUACGUGUACGAAUACGGAGAUAUAUCUACAUACGUGUGUGUGUGUGUGUAUUUACCAAAUAAGCCAGUCAAAGCUAAUUAAACGAGCAUGCCAUUAAGUCGCGCAGGAACGUCGGAGAGUGAUCUUGAUUCUAAUCGACGCGCGCAUAACGGAGAUACAACGAGAAUAUUCGUGCUUGCAAUUGGAAGUGUUUUGCCAGGCACGAAAUUCAUUUUGUCGGAACGUUGGAUUUCAAGCAGAACGGUCUAACUGAUAGUAGUCCAAACUGUUUUGCUGAAACAUAUUUUGAACAACGGACGAAUUUCGUUGUCGGAGCAUCACGGUUGCUCGGACACGAGACGCGUUAUUUCACUUUACGGUGCAUUAUAUGCACCAUGCACGCGAACCUAUCCGUCGCCGGCCCCACAUUCCGUUCUCCCGUGUAAUUUUCAGGGUUAACCGCCAACCCGUCUCGUACGCGAUACUCUAGUUUCAGGAUUGCAACAAACAACCGGUGGAAUGCAAAUUACCUUGAUUGGUAGCUUAAGUGGAGCGCGUUCUUUCUCUUCGGCCGUUAAUAAAAGGGCUUUUUGGCGAGUUUAUUAUUUCCGAACAAGUUCGAAAGCUGAAUAUAAAAUCUCUUGGGCACUCUCGAGGAAAGUCUGCGCUCUGAAUGCUUUAACGUGUACGAGAGAAAAAUUACUGAAUUAUUAGACUACAACGAAUUUUCCUCCAAAAAAGGAAAGAAAAUGCAAUGUCGGUGUCGAAUGUGAAAGAAUGUUAAACGAGAUAUGUCUGUUCGAUAUGAAAAGUUUUUUCUUGUGGAAAGGAGAAAAGGCGAUAGUAAAAGAUUCUUCAGAUUCUCUUCUCUUUCAUCGAUGUUAUACAGGAAAAUUAUUAUUGGAAUUGUCGAAGGGAAGAGAAUGCUAAAGAGAUCCUGCAAUUUUCCUCCUUUUCAAAUAAGAAAAGGGAAGCCUGGUACUUUCGAACAUUUUCCUCGAGCUGGAAGUGCGGUAGUACAACGGUUUCCAAGCUCGUUUAUUCCAGCGUUUUCACGCUAGGAUGCAGCCAUUGUACUUGAAUACAUAGGAUAAUGAAAUGUCGUGUGAGAGACGCGACUAGCGAUUUAUAGUUUUGCGAUUAUAACACAUAAUUAUAGAAUGUAAAACGGCGCUGCGGGGUAUAAAUGCUACAAGCGGUACAGUUAGAGCGCUCGGACAUUGUAACUGUAAAUUUCUAUGUCGAUUUAAUCGCCCUGUACAUUCGGACAAAUCAUUUAUCGUCUUCCAUUUGAAUUCUCCCUAUCUGGAUACGUUAGUAUGCCAAAUAUAUAUUAACUCGACGUAACGAUUAUACUAACCGCGUAAUAUUAAAACUCAUCUGUGGUUUAUCGUGUGGUAAAUGAGCAGCUGGCUCUGCGAAGCUGGCUUGGAACUCACAACGAAAGUCACCAAUGCGACAGAUUGAGAAAUGACACAUCGUCAAACGGUCAAUCGCAGAAAUGAUGAUUCAUUUCAUAAUUCUUCGUUAUUAUCUAUUCUACCGUCCAUUUGCAUUGUUGCUCGCGAUCGCGUAAGGGGACUAUUCUACAUUUUCCACUUCGUCGUAUCUAUAGGCUUUAAACAAUACGCGCGUGACAAGCCACGUUACCAGUCGAUCGCGUAAGGGGACACGCAUAGCGGUACAAACGCGUGUCCGAGAAUAGUGCCUCACACUCCUCUCUCUUUUUCUUAUCGCUCUUCCGCCGGUUGGCAGCCGGCGCGCGAGUACAACAACCGCCGGAAGAGCUAUGCCAAGAUGAAGGGGACGAAAUGCAUUCGUAGGUAUGCGCUAAUGGCAUCCGGAUGCCGGUGCAUUACUCCACGACCUUGCAGCUUUCCGCGGUGAAAUGAGAAACUGCAUAGCUGCUUCGCGCGGCAAGGCACAGGUCGCCACUUCAUUGUACGACAAUCAAUAAUACCAUAAUUAAUUGUGUAUGCAUGCGUGUGUGUGUGUGCGUGUGUGUAUCUGCGAUUGGACGCGACAGUUUAUUUAAAGACGAUUGCGUUGUGCGUAAGACGCUUGUCAUUAAUUAACACUCGCGUCUGAGACGAGCGCUGAUAUAGGAAUGUGCCAUCGAGAAUGCGAAAGAGAAGACUCAUUACGUUUAUAACUGCAUAUAUAUAUAGAUAAUACAUACACAGUACGCACACGCGGAACGCGGCGAGUAGCGAAGGAAUGAGGAUGGAGUUAUCUUCCGCUGAAGAGAAAAUGCGAAGAUACAACGCGCGGCGUUGCGCAAGCCGCGCUUUUCCUUCGCGACGAAAGUGCGUCGCCGAUUAAACUUCCGCGUGUACGUACAUACGUAGGCUAAUGUCAUGAAUAGAGAAACAAUGUGAAUAUAAUGUACACGCGUUUUGUCGCAACAAAUAAAUAUCAUUAACUAAAU